AUGCUGCUAGGCCUGCGUGCCUCCUCGAGGGCUUUGCUGCGACCAGCAGGCGCUCGGCAGGUCGUGUGGCACAGGAGACUGCCUUGUCUCUGUGGGGUCCGCCACUUCAGCUAUGUGCCGGACGACAACAAGCCGCUGACAGCAGCGCAAAGAGGCGCCCUGGAGCGCCAGGAGGCCGCUGACGAGCUGCGCACACUGCCACAGCAGUUGCAGAAGUUUCCUCCGAAGGAGGGUGCUGUUAUCUGCCGGGCACACAACCGCCCAGCUGCGUCAGCCGGCCUCAUGGCGGCGCAUGACCAUCUGCCUUUGUCGGGUGUUCGCGUGCUCGAGCUGUCCAUCGCCAUUGCUGCUCCGUCGGCAGGUCAGGUGCUCGGUGACUAUGGCGCAGACGUGAUCAAAGUGGAGCCUCCUGGGGGCGACACGCAGCGCUACAUGGUCAGCGGGCUUGGCAAGUCCAGCGCCGACCCGUACCAGCAUUCUGCACAUUUCUAUUCCGUCAACCGUGGGAAGCGAUCCAUCGUCUUGAAUCUGAAGGCGAAGGCUGGGCUGCUGGCGCUACAUGCGCUGCUCGAGAAAUCGGACGUUUUCAUCUCCAAUUAUCGCUACGAGUCCUUGCAACGCCUCGGCCUGGAUGAAGGCCUACUAGCGAGCCGCUACCCGCGGCUGAUCUUCUGUCCAAUGACCGGAUGGGGAUUUCAUGGUCCGAACGCCAAUCAGCCCGUCUACGACGUCUCUGGUUUCUGGGCCCGAUCUGGUGCUGCGGCCUCGCACACAGAUGCCAACGGUUACCCGGCCGUGCUGGCUCCGGGUUUUGGUGACAUGGCCACUGGCCUUGCAGCGGUGGGAGGCAUCUGCGCGGCCCUCUUUGCGAGGGAGAAGACUGGUAAGGGGAUGGUGCUGAGCACCAGCCUGCUCCGCACGGGUGUGCACUGCAACUCUUGGGCGCUGAGCUCAUACUUUGCUUUCGGCCGAGAGAUCAAGUGGGGCCGCCGCGACGGCACAGGCAAUCCUCUUGCCACGGUCUAUCGCUGCAAGGAUGGCAGGGCCUUCUGGUUGACCGGCUUCGAGGCGGAUCGUCAUUGGCCAGCGACUGUCCGUGCUGUUGGCCAAUCACAGUGGCUCAACGACGCUCGUUUCGCCACGGCCAGAUCGAGACGGGAGAACCAGCGACAGCUUGUGGCCGAGUUGGACGCUGUCUUCGCCACAAAGACCCGUGAGGAGUGGGCUGCACUCUUUCAGUCGGAGGGAGUCUGGUGGGCACCAGUCCUGACUGCCGCAGAAGUGGCUGCCGACCAGCAAGCACUUGCAGCAGGAUCCUUUGUCGAGUCCCCGCUCUCAUUGACGGCGAGGGAGGCGGGAAGGACAAAGGUCACGAUGGCAGCCUCGCCGGUUGACUUCAUGAAUGCUCCAAAGACAGAGCCGAGACGCCCAACUCCUGAGCUUGGGGAACAGACUGAGGAGAUCCUGAUGGAGCUCGGCCUGAGCGAAGGGGUUCGGGACGAGAUCCUGAGCGAAGUGAGACCUAAAGCCAAGUCAAGAUUUCCGGAGCAGCUGUAUCCUGGUCACCCUCACAAUUUCACUCCACUGCGACCAAUCCGGACUGGUUUCUCAGCCUUGGAUCGCGCAGUGCGCGAAGUGGCGUGGGAGUCCCGCUUCGACCUCAUGGAGAGGAGGAUCAUGCCGAGAUACGCUGCCGAGUGCAUCGGAACCCCGCGUCGUGAAAACCAGGAUGGGCUGGUCCGCGGCAUUCGUGUUCGUCCCGUCCAGAACCCCUUCGUGAGGCUGAAGCCGGCGAUGAAGUAUCGCUUGAACACCUGGCAAUCCCGGAAUUGGAAGCAAUGGUCGCCAAACCUUUGCAACGUCCGCGGAAGCCGCCGAAGGUACCGCGUUCCUCAGGACAUUGCCCCGUACAAGGACGAGCUAGGCGAGUGGCAUCCCCCACGCGUGUCUGGCAGAUACAAGGCUGACAUUGAGAAGCAGUAUUACCUCAACAGCCUUCCCUGGGUGUGGGCAAAUGACUACUACCAGGGAAAGCUGCACUACAUGGACAGAGAGCCACAUGGACUGAAGCGCUGGUAUCGAAAGGAGUAUCGCCAGGCUCAAGUUACAGAAGCUCUAAAGCGAGCAGAUGAGAUGAUCGAAGAUUACCGCAAGGCUGCCUUUGCAGUCAUCAACGAGGCCGGCGUGCUCAAGCGCCUUCGACCAAAAGUGCUCGGACGCCACCGGGAGGCGUGGUUUCACGUUCUUGCCGGGGACGGCGACGCAGCAGACCUUGCAGCGGCUCCCGGUGGCACGCCGGCUUUGUUAGACCUCCUCACAGGAGUAGAACUGUCCACAGGUGUCCUGGGAGCAUACACGCCAACGCUGCUGCAGGGGCAUGCAGACCUCCUAAAUGAUGCUUGUGGUGGCUGUUCAAGCAUCCUCUUGCGCAAAGAGGAGUGGGAUCGCUUGAUGUGGGGUGUUCGAGAGCUGUGGGGUCCAAGCCAAGUCCUGCGGAAGGCCGUCGUAGCAGUUGGACGCGACAACCGCUCGCUGCUGGCGCAGCUCGCCUGGUCUGAACCAUUGGAACCGACCCGUCGCGCAGCCCUCGUGAUGCUGCUGCAGGCCGCUGCCCACUUGGACCACGGCCGCGAGGGCCCGUUGGCCAUGCUGAAGCGCCUGCUUCCAGAUGGUGAGAGCCUGGUGGCACGGCCGGAAAUGCAGCAGCUGAUGUCCAUGGUUCCCGCGAUGAGCAGUUCCAGAAGUCACUGGCGGCGGCGUCCUCCUCCUCCCGACGUGUUGUCAGGAGAUGUUUGCCCUCCUUGUGUGGACUCGGUGGAGCACAUACGGGAGAUUCCUCCGCAGGACAUGCUGAUUGUGCCCAAAGCUUUACCUGCUGAAGCUUUUCUGGGUGGCUCCUUGGUCACACAGCAGGACGAAGCAGCCGUCUUAGCCGGACUGCCGCCACCUCCCACAAGGAAGAUCGGCUCCAACAUCAGUCAAGGUGUUCUUGUACAGCUUCGGCCACCGGAGGAUCCUGCGGCAUGCGAAGCCACCCAGUGCUGCAUCUGCAUGGAGCAGUUCAGCGCCUGCCAGCUUUGGCAUUGUGGUCGCGACGUUUGUGGCGGGAAGGCCUUCUGCUCCAACUGCCUACGACAGCACGCUGAGGCGGUCAUAGACAGUGGGCUUUACGCCGCACCUGCCGUGCGUUGCCCAGUUUGCAACCUUCGCCUAGCGACAACAGCUUGGGCGCCUUUAGUAAAGGAGGAGACGUUUGCCAAAUACCAGGAAAAUGCCCGAGCUCUCCUCACAUACAGGUGUGCAGCCUGCGACGAAACAGGUUCCUACCUGAGGCCUGGCAUGGAAGGCCAUGCCAGUGCCGGAAAGCCUUUCGGCAUGCUUGGAACCGAGGCACGCGAGCGGCUCUGGAUUGCAUGGGAAGCUUUCUUCCUAGCAGAGGUGCCUGCAGAGAAGUUCCUGCAGACGAUCCUGGACGAGUUUUCCUGUGGGCACCGCAAGGGUGGGGCCCCGCCCAGCAGCAUGAACAAGGUGUUCGGUCCGAGUGGCCAAGCCAACUGGAUCGAGGACCUGGAGCGACGAUUAGCCCUCCAACUGGCCUGGCUGCACCGUUUCCCACGACAGCGUACCCCUUGCUGUGGGGAGCAGUUCUGCUUCCGCUGCAAAGUGUCCUCGUGGCACAGAGGAGUCACCUGCAACGAGCGCCUGCGCUCUGAAAAAGCGCGGCAGGCGCAGCUGUGUCCCGGAUGCGGGGUACCAACACAGCGCAGCGAGGGCUGCCGCAAGAUCACCUGCGUGUGCGGUCGUGUGUGGGAAUGGGAGGGGAUCGACGGCGACAGCAGCGAUGAGGAGGGCAUUUUCUCGGAAGACUCCGGGGCUGAGGAUGAGAUGCAAGCACAGACUGCAGUCAACCUCGUUGCGAUGAACAACAAGGUCUCGGACGAAACAGUCCGCACUCUGAUCCAGGCUUUGGUGAAUGCCGGAGCUGACGUCAACGGCUGGCCCAGUGAGAGAUGUCCUUUGCUACUUGCAGUGCAGUGUCGAAACACCGCCGCGGUUGCCGCGCUUUGUGAAGUGGGAGCUCGGGUAACUCCCGAGGUGUUGGAGGAGCUCAAGGGUGUCUCGCUGGAGUGGCAGCGCUGCGAAAUGGAGAGGCUGAUGCGUCCGCAAGUGCAAGGGGAUCCGAACAUGAGGCUGCCGCUGUGGGUUUGGAUUCAAGCCGGAAGCGCCGCAGCAGUGGAGGUCGGAAGCUUGGGCUUUGUCGCAAGCGGCUUCAAGCCGUAUCCGCAGCCGAGUUCAGUUGUCAACAUGCAGACACAUAGGAGGCAGUGGGCGAAGAUGUGUUCAUCGCUUUGCAGCGGAGCGGCGAUGAUGACAGUCCGCAGCCUCGAUGCGCUUGACAUCUCGCUUUGCUUCCUGGUCCAAGAGCCAGGAGAGGGAAAGUGCGAGGCUUUUGGCCUAGCUUGGAAGAAGCAGGGUAGUGCCCAAGAUCUGCCACAUGCCAACAUGGCGGGCUCCGGGCUCUUCAACCGGAACCGCAUACCGCUGGAUGCCACGGAGCCCGAGCCCCGCGAUGUGGCGGAGGUGCCGGAUUUGGAUGCCCUACUGGAGACAGAUGGGAUGCAGCGCAGGCCGAUAUCUCGGGAUGUCGCUGCGCUGGAUAGAUCCGAGGCGGCCCCGCAGGCCAUGCUGGCCAGAGAAGUCCCACCCAAGAAGGAGAGACGAGUUUGCCUGGUUUCCCUGCGGGCUUCUGGUGCCGGCAUACAUGCCUGCAAUCGGGAUUACCGAUACUGUGGCUUGCACCAGGGCAAGCCAAUGUUCAAGGCAGACAAUGGCGCGGUCAUUUACUUCAACAAGUUCUGGAAGAUGAACAGCAUCUACAAAACUACAGGAUGGGUCUACAGCGUGAAAGAACAUGCUGGACCAUGGCCUGCCGAAACGCAGUGGAUCGCCGAUGGCACGGCGGAGCCGAAUGCUGGAACUCCCCCGAGCCUCUUGCUGAUCGACGAGCCCUUGCCACGGCAAAUUGCCGAAGAGAGUGCUGCUCUUGUCUUGGAGGAUGGCCAGAAGGUGCUGAAGAGGGAAGAGAACAAAAGGUGGCGUUGGAACGAAGUGUACAUACGCUCGAAGGAGGACAUUUUGAAGAGCCUCGCCAGCGGGAUGAACCACAGUGCACCCGGGUACAGCCAGCAGCCUGCGCCAGCGCCGGCGCCGAAUGCGAUGCCGCCUCCGAGCGCAGCGACCGCAGCACCCCCUCCAGCCCCUCCCACCCCUCCCGCCCCUCCCACAACACGAGAAACCCAAAGCCCAGCGGAGGCUCCAAAGUCUACGACCCUCAGACCUGGCUUCCUGACUGGGGGCUCAAGGGCAAAGGAAGUUACCCAGAAGGCACAAAGACAGCCGUCUCAAGCAAUUGUGCUGGACUACCCUGAUGGUGCCAUGGUCGAGUUCGAUCGCUUCUCAAAUGGUCGAUGGGUCCCGGCGAAGAUUCUUCAUCGUGUUCGCAAUGGAAUCUUUGACUUGGACGUCGAGCCGCAGGUGCCUGCCACGAAGAUUCGAUGGCCCAACGGCCAAGCGCCUCCCAGGACGCUGAAGCACACCUCUUUGAGUGGAGCGAUGCCACAAGCUGGGGAGUCUGCGAAGGUGAACCCAAAGACACAGUCGGAGGAUCCAGUCUUUCACGUUGGCGCAGUCGUCGACUACGAUGACUGCUCGAACGACGGCUGGAUCGAGGCGACUGUGUUGCACCGCAACCGGAAUGGCACCUACGACAUUAACGUCUUGGGGAAUGCCGUGCAAAACGUCCCGCCCAGCCGGCUGCGAUGGCCAAAGCUCCUCAAGCCCGAUGUCGCCCGCGCAGCCACGGCCAAGAAGCCCCUUGCCGGAGGACGGCCUCUGAGGCCAAGCGACUCCACGCGAGAGAGCCUCGCAGCUGCAGUUGCAGCUCGAAAGAAGGCCAUGAGCGAGUUGGGUGGCAGAAGGCCGCCGAAGGAGACGUUGCCGUUGCCGAAAGAGACGCAUCAGAGAGAAACUGAGAUGGUGGUGGGAGGCACUGCCUUCACGGUUCGUCGUCUUGACGAAGGCGAUGAACCUCCGAAGUCGCUGCAGUCAAUGCUCGCAUUCUUGGACGCAGAGGCUGCCAAUGAAGCAGGCGAAGCCUGGCAAGCGGACUACAAGCCGGAGCUUAGACAGCAGAAGCACAUUCCUCUGACCCGUGGCAAAGGCUUCGACGACUCGCUUUCCAUUUCGGAGGUGUCUGUGCCAAAGGCGCGCAUGGUUCCAGACAGUUUCGAAGUGAAACAGGAGAAAGCUCAAAAGGUUGCAGAGUGCCCGCCUGGUCCGCCGGCAGAGUGGUCCAUGGAGCAGGUGCUUCAAUUCCUUGACUUUCUGGGACUCGGACACACAGGUGACAAGUUCAAGGAGAAUGCGGUGGACGGGCCAAUGCUCGCGGAGCUCUCCGAGGAGGAGCUCUGCUCAGAGCUGGGCCUGCUCAAGCUGCAGGAGCGUGACAUUGAGGUGUCCAUCAUCCAGGAGGCCCUGCAGAACGGCGCUGAUCCGAAUGCCAGAGAGAAGGAGGAGACUGCCGAAGACGAAGCUCUGGGGCUCACUGGGCUGGCUCUGCUGGCCAUGUGCUAUCGCUCAAGCACCGAAUCUGUGACGAAGGGCAUCGAAGCUUUGCUUGAGGCGCGGGCAGAUCUGGAGACGGAGGUGGAUGAUGGAGCGACCCCGCUCCUGGUGGCCCUGCGGCACCGAAACAUGACGGCCCUCGAGGUCCUGGCGAAGGCUAGCGCCGAAGGCCCUGCUUCGCCUGCACCACGGAUCGCGACAGAGAUUCUGGACGAGGUCAGCUGUUUGUCGGAAGACUCGCGCCGGCUGCAUGUCGAGGAACUUCUGCGGCCCGUAUUGCGUGGCUGUGGUCGCGGGCUGGCACCGCUUCCGCUGUGGACCUGGGUGGAGCAUGGUUCGGUCGCAGCGGUCGAAGCACUCCUUCGAAGCAGUGACGAGGCAGUCUCGGUGGAGGAUGUCAUCAGCUUGCAAAGAUGCCGUGUCCAUGAGUCCAUGCCGCAAAUCCAGGAGCUCCUGCAGCGCAAAUGUGGCGAGGAGGAGUUCUCCAGGCUGCAGACAGAAGCAGCCACGCGUCGGCUGCUGCAGGAACUCCGUGAGGCUUUCGAUGACCAGCGUGAUGUGGAUCUGAUCAUCGUGCAGAACAGCUUGGAGCUGCAUGCCGAUCCAAACGCCCAGGAAGAGGAGGCAGAAGAUGGUCCUGAUUUCCAGGAAGGGAGCUACUCCCUCUCUGCAUUGCAGCUGCUGGUAACAAAUCUGCACGUGGCAUCGGACACGAUGCAGAAAGCAGUUGCAGCACUUGUGGAAGCAAAGGCGCAGGUGAACGCUGAUAUUGGAAACGAUACGCCUCUCCUCUCAGCAUUGCAGAGUCGCUGCGUGAACGGUGUUACGGCUUUGUGCCAGCAUGGGGCCAAAGUCUCUUCGGACUGCCUUGACGAGCUCAAGACGAUCUCGAGCAGUAAGGUCCGGCAUGCACUCGAAGAUGUGCUGCAGCCUUUGAUCGGAAAGGACAAGCGACUCCGGUGUCCUCUCUGGAUGUGGGUGCAGAUUGGCGCUGUUUCGGCAGCAGAGGCCAUUGUGCGAAAUGCCUCGCACGAUGAGGAAAUCGACGUUGACGUUCUCGUUGCCUUGCAGCGGUGCCGUGAGCACUCGGCCAAGGAAGAGAUCACAAGCCUCUUGCAGGAUCACCUCGGUGAGGAGGAAUUCAAGAGACUUGAGGCUGCUGCAGCAACUCGUCGACUCCUGAUGGAACUGCGAGAGGCUCACACCGAAGAGCGCGAGCCAGAGUUGGACAUCGUUUGCGAAGCGCUUGCGCAAGGUGCCAACCCAAAUGCGCAGGAGGAGGACGAAGAGGAGACAGACGAGGAAGAGGGGGAGGACGAAGAAGACGAGGCAGGAAGCAUGGAGGAGGACGAGGACGGAGAUGAGGAGGACAGCGACAAGGAGGAUGGCGAGACGGAGCCAGAAGGCGAGUGGGAUGAGGACGACAUAGGAUGA